UUUGUAUUAUGGCGCAUUCAAAUUGAGGUUUCCUCAGUGAAGUCACUGUCCAUCCCUUACAAAAAUGGCUUUUAAGUUCGUCGUACUUGUAUGUGCCAUUGCCGCUGCGCAAGCCGGUGUCAUCAGCCCCGUAGCAUACACCGCCCACCCAGCUCCAGUUGCGUAUGCUACUGCACCAGUGGUUCACGCUGCACCAGUUGUGCAUGCCGCCCCCCUCGCCAAGGUCGCAGUUGAUGAAUACGACCCUCAUCCCCAAUACAGUUUCGCGUACGACGUUCAAGACGGUUUGACCGGAGACUCCAAGAGCCAACACGAAACCCGUGACGGCGAUGUUGUUCAAGGAUCUUACUCCGUUGUCGACCCUGAUGGCACCAAGCGUACCGUGGAAUACACCGCUGACCCCCACAACGGUUUCAACGCUGUCGUGCACAAGGAAGCUCUCGCUGUGAAAGCCGUCGCUCCAGUAGCUAAAGUAGCUGCACCUGUUGCUUACGCCGCUGCCCCUGUUGUUCACGCUGCUCCCAUCGUUCACGCUGCCCCAGUCGUUCACACUGCUCCCGUAGUGCACGCUGCCCCACUUGCCUACUCCGCCCCCUUGUACCACCAUUUAACUACAAUGGCUUUUAAGUUCAUUAUUCUCGCUUGCCUAGUAGCGGCCGCUAGCGCUGGUCUCAUCUCUCAUGCUCCAGUCGCCUACCACGCUGCUCCAGUCUACGCUUCAGCACCAAUCGCCAAGGUUGCCUAUUCCUCACCAGUAGCUUAUGCUGCACCAGUAGCGAAGGUUGAAGAAUACGACGCUCACCCUCAAUAUAGUUACGCAUAUGACGUCCACGACAGUCUCACAGGAGAUUCUAAGAGCCAGCACGAGAGCCGUGAUGGUGACGUCGUACACGGUUCUUACUCCUUGGUAGAUUCAGAUGGCACAAAGCGCACUGUUGACUAUACAGCUGAUCCCGUUAAUGGUUUCAACGCAAUCGUGCACAAGGAAGCUCUCGGUGUUAAAGCAGCGGCCGUUGUAGCCAAAGCUGUGGCUCCCGUGGAUCAUGCGCCAGUAGUUCACGCUGCUCCAAUUGCUUACUCCGGCCACUUAUACCAUCACUAAAGGAAUUAGAAUUAACAAUAUAUACAU